AACUGUCCCAUAUUAUGAGAGCAACAUGGCCUAGUUCAGUUACCUCCAUGACUACCACAGAGCAUUUCUCUUUCACUCUCCUUCACACCGACUUCUGCCUGUAAUCUGCCGGAGGCCUGGCAUGAUUAUUCCGACAUGUUUGACAUUCUCUUUGGAUGGAACAAAGCUUCUAAAUGCAAGAAGUUGGUGAAACGCGUCCAGUGCCGUCUUAAGAUUCUGAAAAAAAGGAGAUGCUCAAUUGUGAGGCAUUUACGCGAGGACAUUGCUCAGCUUCUCAAGAACGGCCAAGACGAAAGUGCUUUUGCCCGGGUUGAACAACUUUUUAAGGACGAGAGCUUAUUGGCUGCAUAUGAUCUGUUGGAACACUUCUGUGGAUUCAUCAUCAUCCACUUACCCUACAUUCGCAGGCACAAGGAUUGUCCUAAUGAUGAUGUUAAGGAAGCGGUUUCAACUUUGGUAUUCGCCGCCGCAUGGUUUGGCGAUCUGCCCGAACUACAAACAAUUCGGAAAUUGUUUGGAGAGCGUUAUGGACACAUAUUCACAAAGCCUUCUGUAGACUUGUAUCCUGGAAGUCUUGUGAAUCAAGAGAUAAGGAAGAAACUCUGCAUAAGCUCCAUUCCACAUGAAGUGAAACUAAGAUUGAUAAAUGAAAUAGCUAUCGAGUACAGCCUCCAUCUGGGGCAACUUGGGUAUGGUAAUAAUCACAAACAGCAUGUCAUGCAGUUGUCAGGGAAAAACGAUUGCGAAUGGGAAGGAUUUGGUUUUGAGGGAGAGACUGGAGAGAUCCAGGUCAAUGAUAACACUGCAAGUGGAGUCCAUGCGUUAGUUUCAUAUGCUAACGAUGUCCCAACUGAUACAUCUUCCAGGAAAAAUCCUGAAUGCGUAUAUGAACCUAAACUUUUCCCAAGUAACGUAUCUUGCCAGAGAAGUGUUGAAAGUUUGAGCUCGGAAGCGCUUUCUUCAGCUUCUUUUGAUAACAGGGUAAAAACAGGACAAACAGCUACAUCAUCCGAGAUUUCGUUUCAGUUUCACAGGAGAAGUAUUGUUUACCUGGAUGAAAUACAGGAGUUUCAGUUUGGUGUACAAGAUGACAUUGGCGAGGACAAAAGAAUAUUUAUGUUCAACCCAACUAUCCUCCCACGUAAAGGCAAUAACGGUGUACACAGAGCAGACUCGUUUGUUUCGUAUCAGCCGGAAAGUUGUGAAUCUGUCACUACAAUACCUGAAACACAGCACAAGAGAGCAUGCCUAGGGGAUCAUUUCAAAAGGGUGAAAACAAGUUGGAAACGGUGGAAAAGGAGAUCUGAUUUUAAGAAGAGUCAUUCAGACCAAUCUUGUCCGUCACCAGCAAUGAUCAGGAAUCACGAUGCACGAGAUCAACUUUCUUAUGGAUCAACGUGCAAAUUUUCAAGUAAAAAGUGCCUGUAUCAUCGAUUCUUCCAGCAGAAUAAGCACUGGAGAAAGAUGCCAGCCCAAGAAGCCAGGAGCUCUUCAUACAAAUUUCAUGAGAAGAGCUUGUCUCAUCAGCAACUGGAAGUGCAUGGGAAAUGCAUGCACAAUCAUAGGAGCUCAAACUGCAUUAUCAAGGACAAAUUUGACUGGGAAAGUUUAUCUUGGAGGCAAAAGAGGGGCAUGGCUGCAUUAGCAGGUUUCUCUAUUCAUCAUUUUAGUCUACAAAAGUGUCCACAGGUUUGGAAUUCUCCUCCUAAGAACCCCAGGGGAAAAAACAGUAAAAUGGCAUCUCAGGCUGACCCUAUUAAUAAGAAAAGCAAUCAAUUGGGAGGAGCAGAAGUACCAGAUUGUCUAACCGGCGGCGGUGCCUCGUCCCAAGAAUCUUGCUCGAAGGCAUCUAAUCGUUAUGCGGAGACGGAAAGAUUUGCACGUACUCCUUGUUCUGGGACCAUGACAAUCUCCCCUGAAAGACCGAAGAGCACCACCUCAUCUCGUAGCCAUGUGCACCCUAAGCUACCAGACUAUGACGAAUUGGAAGCCAAAUUCAGGGCUCUCAAACAAGACUAUCUGCAAAGAACUUCUGCAAUUACUUCAGGCUUAAACAUUGCAUUGGCCUAGCUGUCACCAAAUAUUGAAACACUGCAACUAGUCUUCAUUUCUGUUCUUUUAUUUCCUUUUUUAUUCUCUAAGCUGAUCGGAUGCAACGUACGUUCAAACAUGCUUCAAGAAACUUCUUUUUUUUUUUCGUAGAAGGUUGUCUUUUCACUGUAAAAUCCAAUUGAAGGUGGUCAACUGUUUGUCUAGGUUGAAGAAAAUUAUAAACUCAACCUUAUCAAUUGGAAGUAGAAUAUAUAAACAUAUUAUUUAUUAUAAA